AUGUUCAAUGUGAACACUCCUGUGCCAGACAAGAAGUCCAUCAUGAUGUAUGUGAUGUGUCUCUUUCAAGUCUUGCCUCACUCAAUGGUAGAUGUGGCUGCAUUUGAGGCUGAUCACUCUACCUCAGAUAGUCAGGCAAGCCGACCGAGUUCUCGUCCACUCAGUCUUACUUCUGUGGACAUGACCAGCUACCAAGGAGUCCUUGAAGAAGUCCUUGCUUGGCUUCUAGAAGCAGAAGAUCGCCUGCAGCAAGAAGGAGACAUCGGGACUAGUCUAGACACUGUACGCAAGCAGUUCCAGCACCAUGAGGAGUUCAUGUUGGAGCUGCGUCAGGAGCAAGACUCAGUGGGAGUUGUGCUUCAGGAGGGAAAUAGAUUGAUCUCAGAAGGUCGAAUGAGUGAUGAAGAGGAGAGUGAAGUCCGAGUUCAAAUGAAGCUUCUUAGCACAAGAUGGGAAGAGUUGCGGCUUCAGGCCAUGGACCGCCAGGACAAGCUUCAGGAGAACCUGAUGAGUUUACAACAAUUGGAGCUGAGUCGCCUACGAGCUUGGCUGACUGAACUGGAAGAUGCUAUCUCCAAGCAAGAAAAUCCUGGCCCCAGUUUUGAAGACUUUCAGCACCAAGUGCAGAAACAUGGGAGCUUGGCAAACAAGUUGCGAGAGAUGCAGGGCAUUGUCACUCUUCUCUCUGACAUGGUGGUUGUUGUUGAUGAAUCUGAUACAGAUAAUGAAUACAGUGGGUUGGAAGACGAGUUGGCUGCAGUAGGUGAGAGAUGGAGUCAUGUGUGUGGCUGGGUGGAAAGCCGAGGGAAGCUCCUCCGGGAAUUAUCUUCUCACUGGGACCCCCUAGAAGAGAAACGAAAGACACUUCUCACCUGGCUGGAGGCCAAGGAAUCCCUCUUGGAGAAAUCACCUCUCACCCUCACAGAACUACAGGCAGUACGAAGUGAGGCAGAAGUGGAGCAUGCCCGCCUGCAGAACAUCAAUGAGGGAACAGAGAAGGUGGGGCAUCUUCUUGGCAAGGAAUCCCAGGGAGAGAAACUUCUUAGGGAUCAACUCACUUCUCUCCACGCCAAGUGGGAUUCUCUCCUCCUUCAGCUUGACUCAUGCCGAGAGACAGUGACAGCCAAUGGAAAGCCUGGUGCCAAACAUGAACAAACUGAUGUUGAUGGAGGCAGCCUUGCCAAGCGCACUCGAAUAGAACUGGAGGAGGUGAAAGAAGAGGAAGAAGAGGAGAUGGAGGAGGGAGAAGAUGAGGAAGAGACGGAAGAGGAGGAAGAAGGGGAAGAAGAGGGAAAGAUGGAAGGGCCUAAAGAACAGUGGACUUGCUUAACAUCCAAGUUUUCCAAGGUCUUGGAUCACCUUGAGGCCAUCCUUGGGAUUACUGAAAUAUCAGAUGAAUCCUUUGAUAGGCUGUCAGUUGAGAGACAGCUUACAGUUUAUGAUGUGAGUGAUGUAGAGGUACGCAGGACUUUGAUGCCUCUAGAUAGUCGAUGGCAAAUUGUAGAGGAGAACCUGUACCAUCGUGGCCAAGCCUUAGAGAGGACACGGGAGCGACUCCGCAUCUCCAAAGAACAGAUGUUACUUGAUACACCUCUUCAGGAACUCAUGAGUUGGCAGGAUGAACAUAACACAAUCCCUGAUGACCCUGAACAAUUACAUUCUGGUAUUCAAGAAUGCCUUAAACAAGAGGAGGAGAUGAAGAAAUAUCAGGACCAAUUGGAGAGGUUCCUGGAUGAAGUUGAGCAACUUGGUGAUCAUGCUGUAUUCAAAGAUGUAAAGCGCUUUGAGAAUGAAUGGCGAACAGCCCUCAAGAAGUUGACAGAACAUCACAGGAGCCUGGUAGAGAAGGUCCGCUCCACUGGUGCCCUGCCACCAAAGUACAAAGCUGCCUUAGAAGGAUUUCAGACCUGGCUUGGUGAGGUUGAAGACACAAUUGGAUCCAAGUCUCCUUCUAUCAUAGGACUGGACUCUAUCAAGGAGCUUCUUCGCAAAUUUAAAGCAGUGGAAGAAGAGUUGACAUCACAAGAAGACAGCUUCAAGUUCAUCAAAGACACUGGAGACAAAAUAUUGGAAGAGAUGACAGGAGAGCACCAGGAUAAACUGAAGCAGGCAGUAUCAUUGGUUGAAAGACUGGAGCGGGAUCUGCAGCAACUCAUGGAUGAGAUUGAAGGUCUCAAUUCAUGGAUGGGAGAAGUGGAUGUGUUCUUGCAUGCUGAGCCCCCAGCAGUAGGAGAUCCUGAGACACUGGAAGCUCAGCUGGAGCAGAGUAAUGCUCUGCAAGAUGACAUCAAAACAUUACAGGAGAGUUUGAAAGGAAUCAAUGUGAAUGGGGAGCAAAUCCUUGCAUCUGCUGCAUCAUCAUUUGGCUCAUCCCUGAGGGAGAAGCUGAUGCACCUAAAUAAACGGUGGGAGACAGUGGUAUCAGAGGCAAGAAAGCAGAAUGCCAUUCUUCACAAUGCACUCAGGGACACUCAAGAGGUGUUAAAUGGUGUGGAUGUGACAUGUAGUUGGUUGGAUGACUUGGAGGCAAGGAUCCCCACUCCAGAUCCAAUCAGGACCCCUCAGGAUCUCUCCUCACUCCUUUCUUGCCUUAGAGAGCUCAAGGAUGAAAUUACAACAAAGCAGCAGGCAUUCCAAGAUCUCAAUGAGAAAGCAAACGAGUUGCUGCUGCAAGUAGAAGCUGGGAACAAAGAAGUGCUGGCCCGACAGGCAACACAUAUGAACUCUCGCUGGACUGAGGUGGUGACAUCCAUAGACAGGAAACAUGCAUCUGUCCGACAAUUGUCUCAGUUGUAUGCAAAAGUCAAAGGUCUGAUUCAGAAAGAAAAUGAUUGGCUGAAACAGCUGGCUUGCAAGGUGGAACGAAGUUCUCGGGCAGCUGCAGAUGCAGAAGAGAUUUCGGCUGCUCUGGAUGAACUGGAGAAUUUUGUCAGCAGUCGGGACUUGGACAAGUUAGAAGAUACAGAGCAAAUGGUUCGAGAACUCAGUGAGAACAACAUCAUGGCAGACUCCUUGCAAGCUGAAAUUGAUCGCAUCAAUGUCACUUGGCACACUCUUCGGAAACAGGCAAGUGAUCGACAGAAAUUGAUGGAAGGGAAUAUUGAAGAGGCCCAAGAGUGGGAAAGAAGCAUUCUCUCCUGCCAAGAAUGGAUUUCUUGCACUGACACUGCCCUGUCCAGGAACCUCCAUUCAGAUAUCUUCCCUGGAGACACAACUGAGGAGCAUCAGAGAAUGAUGGAUGAGUUUGACAAGUUCAGCCAGCAAAUGGGUGCAUGCCAGGCCCAGGUUGACAAAUACAGAAUGGAAGGUAACGUGGAGGCUGCAUCUCGACUGGGAGAACAGCUGGCACUUCUCCAGGGAAAAUUCAAGGACCUUGAAGGGAAGAUAUUGCUGUUUAGAGGGGUGACUCAGAUCCAGCCAAGACUUACCAGACUUCUAAGACUGAUGAAUGAGCUCGAACAGAAUCUGUGCCUGACUGAUCUCUCCUCUGAUGAUCCUGACUCCAUUCAGGGCCAUCUUAAUCACUGCAAUCGCUUUGGGAAGGAGCAUACAGACCUGAAGGAAGAAGUAGAAGAAGUAAUCAGGAAGGGACAGGAGGCAGUGCAACAGCAGCAGGUUCCAGAUCCCCACUCCCUCAAAAUAAAACUAGAGAAACUACAGGAAUCAUAUCACCAGGUGGGACAAAAGAUUGGGGAGAGUCGACGGAACUUGGAACAGGCCCUUCGUGUGAGUCGAACCCUGAGUCAGCAGCGACAGGCGCUUGAAGUGUUUCUUCUUGCCCUUCAGACAGACUUGCAAAAACACCAAGAGAAUGACCCAGUCAAGGAUGUUCCUGCUGAAGUGGAGUUCAUACAGAAAUGCAUAGGAGAAUUGGAAGGAAACAGGAACAUUUUAUCAAGUUUGAGGAAAGGAUAUUCCACACUGUUAGCUUUGAGUGAGGGAGCAGGCAAUGAAGCUAUUCAGGCACAUCUUCUAGACAUCAACCAGCUGUGGGACUCUGUCCAAGAACGUCUCCACAAACGACAAAAGGAUCUGCAGAUGAUGCAGGAGAACCGAGAUGUCUUGCUCCAGGAAUUCCUGUCUCAGUCUGAGGUCAUUGGACAAUACUUGGAUAAGGUCAAGGAAUGUCUUCCUUCAGCCAUAGCCAAGUUGAGUGAAUUGCAACGAGAGAUGGGGAUAAUGCGGGCCAAGAUGGAGAGCAUGAGGGAUACAGCUGUGAUUGUGAUGGCUCAUGGAGAUGCUUUCCAGUCUCAGGUUCAACCCAGACUCUCUGCAAUCAAUCAGCAAUGGGAUCAACUUGUGCCUCAGCUUGAGGCAAUUGAAACACCUGCACCAUCUUGUCGAACAUCCCACUCUUAUGCAAUGUCGCCCAACAAUGAUGAAAUACUUUCCAUCGACAUCCGUGUGGAGGAUGUGGAUGACCCACAUGGUCAAGUCUAUCACAGUGAUAGAAUUCCACUAAGGAAGUUCCACACCCCCAUUGUCAGUGCUCUGCCCCGGUUUUGCCAAGGCAUCAUCCCACAGGAAGCAGUGGAGGAAUCUAAGAAAAUGGAACAUGAGAAGGCAGAAAUAAAGGAAGAGAAAUUGGCAAUAGGGCUUGCUGAGAAAAAUGUGACUGCCGGGAGCCAGGGACUGUGGGACAGUGACAAGGUGGAAUUAUUAGGAGAACUGCGGGAAGUGAGCAUCAACAUGGAUCAGCUGGAGAAAUUUCUAGAAAAUUCUGACUCUGACUCCCAGGACUUUAUAUUGACAAUGGAGGGGCACCUUGGUGAUCUGGAGUCACAGGUGGCCCUAAUCUUGAGUCGAGGUGACACAUUGAUGUUGAUGGUACAUCAGACUGAACCCAAUGAAGCAGUGCGCCUGCAGGAGAUCUUAGAUUCUACAAGGAAACGUUGGAUGGCUCUCAAGCAUCAUGCUCUGUCUGUGAAGCGCUCAGUGGAAAUAAAAGAGCUGUCAUGGAAAGACUAUCGACAACGUAUCGAGGAGAUGGUGAAGAAACUGGAUGCCACACGUAAUGGUUUUGCUGAUGCCAAUAAUGAUUUGGUCCGGCUUCAAACCUUGCAGAAUGAAGUAUGUGUCCAGGAGACAGAGAUCCAAAACCUGGAGAAAGAGGGCGAGUCUUAUCCAUCUCAUCGAGAACAGAUUGUGAAGCUCCUUCGGGACCUCAACCUCCGCUGGGAGGAACUCCAGACCCUUUGUCGUCUAUACAUCAAGCCUGAUGUUGAGAAGCUUGCCACACCUGAGAAGGCAGAGUCUGUGAAUUCGGUGGUGGUUGAGUACUUAUUAUUCCUCAAGGGUCUUCAUGAAGGGAUUGGCAGGGCUUGGCGCAUCCUCCGGGAUCCCCCUCUUGGAGAGAAGCUCUAUGACUCGUUUCCUCUUCAGGAGGAAGCUCUUAAGGUCCUCCUCAUUCCUUGGGAAGAGCUCUCAUCAUUGUUCAUUCCCUUUACAGAAGCAAAGAAGAUUAUGGAUAGCCUGAAACCUGGGAUGGCCUCUGCUGAAUUGCGUCGCAUUGGCCUGGCCUCUGAAUUGGCAGCAAAGCACCCAACUUCAACUAGCACUCAGGCAAACAUGCAACGGGCAUUAGAUAGUCUCAAGGAUGAAUGGAGCAAGGUCAACCGAGCAUACAAUGACAGACACAGCCGGUGGUUAGAGGCACGUGAGGUGUGGCUGGGAUUUCAAGGACAUGCAGCUGAGAUGGAAGGCUGGCUCUUAGGAGUCCCAUCAGCACUCCUCAAGGCCAAAAGUGAUGAUCUCCCUAUAGCACAGGCUGCCCAAAGGGAACUUGAAAGACAUGUCACAUCAAAGCAUAGGACGGUAACACUGUUGAGCCAGAGUGGACAGACAAUUCUUCGUCAGACAUCCAGGCAGGAGAAUGCUGACCUGAGGAGUCGCCUGGAUGACAUCAUGAAUCGAUGGCGCUCUGCCUUAGCUGAUUUGGCUGCUAACCGAGAUCGAGUGACUCAAUUGGAGGAUAGCCUCAUGCAUGAGAAAGAGUCAACCCGAAAAACUGUGGCAGCUAUUGGAGCAUGGCUGGCACACACUAAUGCCCUCCUUGCAUCCUCUAAAGAUGUAGCUGACCAUCGCAAUGGACAGGAGACUCUCAGAAAGCUCCAGAUGAGGGAGAAAGAACUACCAGAGAUGCGAGCCAAGCUGAGCUUAAUUAAGAAGACAGUUGAUCCAAAGGAGUUUGUUGAAUUUGAAUUACGACUAGAAAAGGUGAAAGAUUCAUUAAAGAUGGAAGUGGAGAGGUUGAAGGUGUGUGUAGUGCGGUUGGAGAAAUUGGCCACCCUGAUGGUGCGACUGAGGCAGUGGCUGGACUGGGUGACCCAGCGCCUUCCCCGAGCAUCCCAUGACAUUGUCAAGGAUGAUAUUGCUCCCACGUCCCCUGUGCUCAUCGGACCUCCUGCCUUGUGA